UUCACUGGAUCCCGGGAGCCUAAAACCUUAGAUACCUCCACUAAAGGUCUGGCACUUCACGAGGCGUCAGUUUAGAAUAGCGAGGAGGAAGGCAUGGACGCGGGACUCAGCCACGCCAAUGCAUCCUGUCUGCGGGUAAUGGUGUUCAAUUACUUUCCGCAUAUGGGGAUAAUCGGCGAAGGAGCGAAUCGCAAGGUGGUAGGAACUCUGAUGCCGGUUCUGGACAUCAUUGCUCGUCACGUCGGCUUCUGUCUCGAAUUCGUGGUGAAUUCCGAUAACGUUUUUGGGGAGGUGUUAGCAAAUGGAUCAGCGACCGGCACUUUGGGAGCCGUGCUUGAUGGGCAAGUAGACAUGACCGGAGUGCUGACGGUGACAGAAGGUCGCACCAAGCAUCUGGACUUCAGCCGACAUCUCUUUUUGGAAAUUAUGCAGGUGGCGGUGAAGAGGCCCGUCCUGGAGCCUGAUGUGGCGGGCUUCGUUAAACCGUUCACAAGCUGGGUCUGGCUAUCGAUAGUGGUCGCCAUGCUCCUCACGGCCCUGGCCUGCACCCUCCUGCUGACCGUGUGGCGCUCCCCGACCUCCGACACGCCCCACAGAGAGCGUGACUGUGGCUGCGGCGGUGAGGCCUCUCUUGGGAGUACCCUGCCGCCUCUGCUGUGGUGUCUGGCUGUGCUGCUGUCCCGGGGAACGACGUGGGUAUAUAAGACGGUGUCGCUACGAGUGAUUGCCAGCGUUUGGUUCCUCGCCUCGUUUAUACUCUCCACCGUGUACAGCUCCAAUCUGAAGGCCAUGCUGAUCACCCCGAGAGUCCAGCUGCCUUUCGAUAACCUGGAGGAGCUGGACAAGUCUCAGUAUCCCUUGUACUUGAUUGAAACAUCAGCCACGCACACAGCCAUCAGCGCGGCCGCGGAUGACUCGCCGCUGGGACGCUUGAAGGACCAGGUGGUGACGAUGCAGGACGAGUUGGAGAUAGCUCGCCUCUUCUACGCCGGCAACCGCAUGUCCAUCGCCGGCUUGAGCAUCUCCUUCCGACACUUCAUGAACCACGCCUUCUCGAGGAACGGCUUCUGCACCGAAUAUGUGAUGCAGGGCGACCGUCUCAUGGAGGGGCUGAGCCAGGCGCUGGGCUUCCCGAAGGGCUCGCGUCUCCGGCCCAGGGUGGACGACGUGAUCCUGAGGCUGCGCGAGGCAGGAAUCAUCAACUACCUGUUGUACCGCGCGAUGCCCAACAGCUCCCUCUGCUUAGGCCCGAUAGACCAGGCGCCCUCCUCCAACAAGCUGCGCGCACAGACCCUUCAGGACUUCUACGGCGUCUUCUUCAUCUUUAUCGGGGGGAACUUCCUCGCCGCCGUGGCCUUCGCUGCCGAGAUGCUGACGCGACGCAGGAACAACACGACGAGCGACCAGUGACGUGUGGGGAGAGGAAAUCUGUCGUCGCUUUCAAGUCCACAGUUUUAUGUGUUAUGUAUCCUAGUUAUCUUCAGGCCAAUUUCCUUUGUGAUCAGACUCAAUAAAUCACGUCUUG